AACGACUAGAAUGUACUAGAAACAUCUAGAAUGUACAAUUUUAUAUAAAGGUGUCAGCAGUUGACUCUAGUUCGACAUUUUGAAACGCAAAUUCAUAAGAGAAACACAGAUAAUAAAAAAACACGUAAACACAGUGAAAAUUUGUGAAGAAAAUCUGCAUUUGGAUUCGAAUUUAUUUUGCUAGAUAGAUUUUUGAUAAACCAUUGCAAUUGAGAAAGUGAAUAGUACCAAGCGAAACAGAUAAGAAACGUGAAAGAUUUGUGAUUAUUCUUUGGAAGUACUUUUUCGGAUAUAACCAAAACUCGCUAAGAAAUGGGAAAAGAUUACUACAAAAUCUUGGGCAUUGCCAGAAAUGCCACCGAUGACGAGAUCAAAAAGGCAUACAGAAAACUGGCAUUGAAAUACCAUCCCGACAAAAACAAGGCAGCAUCAGCCGAGGAACGAUUCAAAGAAAUUGCCGAAGCGUACGAGGUACUUUCAGACAAGAAGAAACGCGACAUCUUCGACAAAUAUGGUGAAGAAGGUUUAAAUGGUGGCAUUCCUGGUGGCGGUGGCAAUGCGGACGGCGGCCAAAAUUUCACAUAUCAAUUCCACGGCGAUCCACGAGCCACAUUUGCUCAAUUCUUCGGCUCGAGCGAUCCGUUCGGUGCGUUCUUUAGCGAUGAUCCGAAUCGGUUAUUCGGUGGUGGAAUGUUCGGUGGACCCGGCAUGGACGAUGAAAACGAUGUAUUUUCACACAUUAACAUGGGUCAGCGACAGGGAAUGGGUGGCGGUGCAUUCCGAUCCCAAUCGUUCAAUGUGCAUCAACCGCAGAAUCGAAAAGGACGACAACAGGAUCCGCCAAUCGAACACGACCUGUACGUAACGCUGGAGGAUAUCGAGAAGGGAUGCGUGAAAAAAAUGAAAAUCUCCAGAAACAUUAUGACACCGGACGGCAGUCAACGAAAAGAGGAGAAAGUACUAAACAUAACCGUCAAACCGGGCUGGAAGGCCGGCACAAAAAUCACAUUCCAACGCGAAGGUGAUCAAGUUCCCGGUAAAAUACCCGCCGACAUCAUAUUCAUUAUUCGUGACAAACCGCACGUUACAUUCAAACGCGAGGGCAGCGACAUUCGUUAUUCCGCCAAAAUUACGCUGAAACAAGCACUUUGUGGUGCGACGAUAAGAGUACCGACAUUAUCCAGCGAAACGAUUGCACUAAAUACGGCGGGUGAAGUGAUCAAACCGAAUACAGUGAAGCGGAUACAAGGCAAAGGUCUUCCAUUCCCGAAGGAACCGUCAAGGAAGGGUGAUCUGUUGAUUGCAUUUGACAUCAAAUUUCCGGAUAAUCUCACCGAAUCGGCGAAACAGAUUUUAGUUGAUCUAUUGCCCAAUUGAACGCAAUAUUUUGAUUUAUUCGUCGAUUUAUUAAGGAAAUUUAAAUUUCGUGGUUGCCUGGACACCUGACUGGCUGGUGUAGCAAAAUAAUGUUUAAUUUCAGUGACAACAAAUUCGGUAAAAAAUUGAUUUUUGUCCGGGAAUUUUUGUCCAAAUAUGGGGAAAUUGACUAACAAUUUCGAUAAAUUUUCAAGUGAAAAAUUUAACAUUUUUUUGACUUGUAAAUACUACGCAUUAAUCUAUCUAUAAAGGAAAUCAAGAACCUGUUACUGCAAUUCAUUUUGAUUAAAUUUUAUUGAAAUAUUUAUUUAAAUGAGAAAAAACUGGAAAGAAAACAUGGAUCAGCGGCGCGUGAGCAUUAAUGAACUUUGAUACAAAUAGAGAAAACUCAAUUUUUGCUCUACAAUUUUAAGUUAAAAUUGAAAAAUUUAAUUUUGUUUUGUACAAUUUGUGCUGUGAUAAAUGAUCGUGUGUGCGAAUGUAUGUUGAAGAAAUAGUUUUAUUAUUAAGAAAAGAAACAGAAAA